CAAAACAAUUAUUUUACUAAUGUGUGUUGCAGUCUCAAAAUACCCAUGACGCGCUACGACGAAUCACGUUUAGAUAUUAGGCUGUUUUGACGUCGACAUUCCUUUAAAUCUACCCAGCAGGAGAGUGGGUUUAUUGAUGAAUUGAUGUCAGACAUCUAUACAGAGCAGGUAGCUUUGAAGCUAGCGAGGUCAAAGCUGUUGGACAGCAGGGCUGUCAAGUUUAUUCUGCAAAUGAGAAGCUGGACUAAUGGGCCACAGUAUAGGAUUAUUUGUUUGUUUAUCGGUUACAAAACCUUGUGCAAACAGUGUCAAAUGCUGCUGAAAGGCAGUUCAGUAGACAAGCGUUCGUUAUGUAUGACGUCUUCGUGAACAAGCUGAAAUCCUCUCAGAAGGAUAAAGUUCGCCAGUUCAUGAUCUUUACCCAGUCAAAUGAGAAAACCGCAUUGAAUUGUUUGUCACAGAAUGAUUGGAAACUAGACGUUGCUACAGACAACUUUUUCCAAAAUCCCGACCUUUACAUACAUAACCUAAAGGGAACACUAGACCGGAAGAAGUUAGAACAGCUUUACAAUCGGUACAGAGACCCUCAAGAUGAUAACAAGAUUGGUAUAGAUGGAAUCCAACAGUUCUGCGAUGAUUUGGGACUUGAUCCAGCCAGUGUAAGUGUUCUGCUAAUAGCUUGGAAGUUUCGGGCAGCAACACAAUGCGAGUUCUCCAAACAAGAAUUUAUGGAAGGAAUGGCUGAGCAAGGGUGUGACAGUAUAGAGAAACUCAAAGCACAGCUACCCAGGAUGGAGCAAGAGUUGAAGGACCAAGGGAAAUUUAAAGACUUCUAUCAGUUCACAUUCAACUUUGCUAAGAAUCCAGGACAGAAGGGCUUAGACCUAGAAAUGGCAAUUGCAUACUGGAAUUUAAUAUUGGCUGGGCGUUUUAAAUUUCUAGAUCUAUGGAACAAAUUUUUAUUGGAGCAUCAUAAGCGAUCCAUUCCCAAAGACACAUGGAACCUCUUGUUAGAUUUCAGCACGAUGAUCACAGACGAUAUGUCAAACUACGAUGAGGAAGGAGCAUGGCCAGUACUUAUUGACGAUUUUGUGGAGUUUGCGCGACCGUACAUUGGCACCAAGAGCACAGCUGUAUAAGGAGACUUCUUCUGAGGACCAUCUGGACCUCACUAAAAAAAAAAAAACAGCUUCUGCUGAGCACAGAGGACUGGACUGAGAUCUGCAAUGCCUUUUCCAAGCCCUCAGGACUGAGACAUUUAUACGAACCAGAGACAUUAAAGGCAUCUUUUCUCUUCAGUCAUCUAAUGGUGGUUUGGGCUUUUAUCUUUUUGGGCCGGUUUUUGUUUUGACUUCAUACAGGAUCUUAUUCAGUCCAUGGGACUGCAGUGGUCUCAUUCAGAUGAAGCGGUUUGUCAAACAAGCCGUCACAGAUACAGUUAGGAAAUGUCAAGAUCUUAAUUUUAGUACUCCUUGUGCAUUCUUGCUUUGAAUGUUUGUUUCUUUCCAAUUGGUUUUUAUGAAAAUUAUACGUCAGAGUUUGUUGAUCGUUCUCUCUUUUUUAUAAAACGGAGUAGCUGGUGUCUCGAGAGCAAGAGUCACGUUUGCUUUCUUUUUGUGUUUUUAUUGUGACUUAAUGUACUUUGUCUGUUGAUAUCCAGACAGUGAUUUCACUUUGCUUGUUUGGUUUCGAUUAAAUCAAUAGGUCAUAAUAACUGAGAAUAUUAUAUUUGACAGUCCUAGAAAUAAUAUUAAUUUGAAAAUUACCUCAGUUUUCCUUGAUGAAUGACUCCAUUUGAUGUAUUGAUAUACUGUGUUUGCAGUUCAUUCAGCACUUUGAUAAGUCACAUAAUCUAUACAAUAAAAUCAGGUUAUAGUUGAUGAAUAAAGUCGGAUGGCCUUGAAAA